AUUAAUAAACAAAACUUACACAGACAACAUUCCCCUAAACUCUCUCUCCCUCCAAGAAAACUGCUGAAUUCCAUGUACAGAGCAAAAUGGUGAGAGGAGAGUGGGGUGUGAGUGGGAGGUGUUCUUACAAAAGGGCCACUCUCAUAGUGUGUUGCAUCAACGUUGUAGUUGCUUUCCAUGUCAUUCGCUCUCUCUAUGCUUCUCUCUACACUUACCCUCUUGCUGACUCUCACACCACGGCUAAGUACACCUUAGAUCAGAUUAGGAGAAUGGAAGAGUCGAAUCGAAUACAAAGAGCAGCACGACCUACUGAGCUUAUUGAGCUGGUGAUGCAGCUCGAAGAAAAGAUUAUGAGGGAAGAAAGGGUAGAGCUGCCAAAGCAUUUGAGGCAACGGCUAGUAGAUGAGAUCCAUAGUAGGUUAAGAAGCUCGGAUGCUGCUGGUAAUGCGACACGCCAAAAUGAAGCAGUUAGAACCUGGCAUCGCGAAAAGCUAGAAGAAGCGCAGAGAAUUAGUGGUGGGGAAACAAUAAAUUCGACAAUCUUGCAAGAGGAAGCUACAGAUAUUCUUGUAAGAGCAUUGGGUUCUGGUUGGGUUGAGUUUACGGAGGGGAUUGGUCUCUGGAUCCCGAUUUCAGUAACGAACAUGGAACAUGACGACAAACCUGACGGGGAAGACGAAUUUGAUAAAGAGAUGUUGCCAGGGAGACAGCUACCACCCGAAUGCCACACUGAACUUCACACCGACUAUGGUGGUGCCGCUGUGAGAUGGGGCCUCACCCACCAUAAGGAGUCCGCCUAUGACUGUUGUAUGGCGUGUUUGGAUCACGCAAAACGAGCCAAACCUGGGCAGAGGAAAUGCAACAUAUGGGUUUAUUGCCCGUCCGAGACCGGAUGCUUCUCUCCCGAUGUCUACAACCACAAAUAUCGAGAAUGCUGGCUCAAAUAUUCAGAGACACCACAGUCGAACUUCAAGGACCGGUAUUCUGAAGCUUAUCGAGAUGCACACCCACGAGCACCGCUGGUUGUGCCGUGGGCGUCGGGAGUGGUCGGCUGAUGGUUAAUGGUGGGGGUUAUUAUGACGAGUGGCGGUCGCGGUCGCCUCUCGUUUUUCGGACCGUGGAAGCACGAGAAUUGGUAGGUGUAGGGAUGGUGAUGCUCUGUUAUCAUUCAGACCAGAAGUUGGCACUGAUCAAACGUAUGACCCAUUUCAACACAGCACAUAGGUAUUAAGAUAGGAGUAAUGUAUUUGACAAAAAAAAGCAAUUAAAUCAUAGUAUUGAAUGUGCCAUUAUUGGAUAUUUUAAAGUUGUUAAAUAUGACAACUUAAGUGGUGUAACUUAUGGUGUAAAUGUUACUCUAUCCGCAUCUUUGCGUCUCA